AUCACGAGACGCUAAAUCUGCGGGGAUGACGGUUAAUGUAGUUGAAAAAAGAAAAUCCACUACCCGAAAUGCACUAGCAUAUAGGACAUACCAGGCGGGGAAUAAGAAAAGUGACACCAUGCGUGAAUGCACCCUGAGAUAAUUGUCAGGUUUAAGAAAUAGAAGCGGAGGAACAGGUUGUGUAAACAUAGCGGGUAGCAACGGAAUAUUUUGGGAUUUAGUGAGAGAGCUGAUGAGUUCAAGUAUGUUUUGGUGAAGACGGGACCGCGGGUUCGGCCCUCACGCGGGCGACUAAGCUAACUGUCGUGUUAGCUGUGAUGUUUUCAGAAGUGAGCUAAGCCCACAUAACCGAUUGGUGUUGACACUGUGCCUUUUAAAAGAAAAUGUCUAGCUUUAACUUUGGUUCGGGAGCUCUUGGGUCCACCAACACAGGUGGAGGAUUCACAUUUGGGGGCGCAACCAGUGCUCCUGCGGCCAAUACCGGUGGCUUUUCUUUUGGUACAGUUUUGGGUACAGCAAGUGCAACCCCCAGUACCAGCACCAGCACCCCAUCUCUUGGCCUAGGAAGCAGUCUUUUUGCUCAGAAACCUGCUGGAGGAUUCUCCUUCAAUACACCUGCCUCAAGUGCUGCUGCGCCCACUACAGGCCUCACAUUAGGUGCCCCAGCCAGUACAGCUGCCACCACUGGCUUUAGCUUGGCUUUCAACAAGCCCACAGCCUCAGCUACGCCGUUCUCCCUCACAGCUACUAGCACCUCUUCGACAGCUGCUGCUGGGACAGGCUUGACGUUUGGCUCUGUCCUGACCUCCACAGCUCCACAGCAGCCUACAGCCACUGGCUUUGCCCUCGGUCUCGGCGGCACUACGACCACCACCACAGCAGCCUCAACAGGUCCAUCACUAGGCAGCAGUCUCUUCUCCAGCACUGGACCCACAGGUCUGGGUCAGGCUACUCUCGGUGCAGGAGGCGGGUUAUCGUUCGGUUCUCUGCUGGCAACCUCGACAGCGUCAUCAGCACCUCCUGCUCCGAGUAUUGGCCUGGGUGGAGUCGACUUCAGCACUUCCUCUGAGAAUAAGAGCGACACAUCUUCUGGAGCCAAUGCGCAAGACAGCAAAGCUCUAAAAGAUGAGAACCUGCCCCCAGUUAUUUGUCAGGAUGUUGAAAAUUUUCAAAAAUUUGUGAAAGAGCAAAAACAAGUUCAGGAGGAUAUAAGCAGAAUGUCAUCAAAGGCCAUUUCUAAAGUCCAAGAUGACAUCAAGAGCCUCAAACAGCUUCUGUCUGUCAGCGCCAGCGGUCUGCAGCGCCAAGCUUUGGCCAUCGACAAACUGAAAUUGGAGACGGCACAGGAGUUGAAAAAUGCUGACAUAGCACUUCGUACACAAAAGACCCCCCCUGGACUUCAGCACGAGAAUACGGCUCCAUCAGAUUAUUUCCGUAGCCUGGUAGAGCAAUUCGAGGUGCAGCUUCAGCAGUACCGGCAGCAGAUAGAAGAACUGGAGAACCACCUGACAACCCAAAGCAGCGGCUCUCACAUCACUCCUCAGGAUCUGACCUUGGCCAUGCAGAAGUUGUAUCAAACAUUUGUCGCACAGGCCGCCCAGCUCCAGUCUGUCCAUGAGAAUGUCAAGAUUUUGAAGCAUCAGUACCUCUCCUACCGCAGAGCCUUCCUGGAAGACUCCACGGACGUGUUUGAGUCCAAACGGGCGUCUAACAGGAAAUGGCAGAGCACGCCGCGAGUCACUACUGGGCCUGCUCCGUUCUCCAGUGUGCCCAAUGCUGCAGCUGUGGCCAUGGCAGCCACAUUGACCCAGCAACAGCAGCCAACUCCAGGGACCCAGGCACCUCUGGGGGCAGGGUUUGGAAACCCCUUUGCCUCAGCAUUGGGCACUAGCUUGGGCUCUUCUACCCUGGGAGGUUUUGGUAGCACCAACAGCUCAGGCUUCAACUUCAGCAACCCUGGCAUCAACCCCUCUGCCGGCCUGACGUUUGGCGUGUCUAACCCACCUCCUGGAGGCUUUGCCACACCAACACCCUUACUCCAGUUGAAGAAGCCCCCAGCUGGUAACAAAAGGGGCAAGAGAUAGAAACGGGAAACGAUAGAAGCAUGUUACUGAGCAGCUGACCAGCUUUGGGUUUGUAGCAAGUACAGCUUGAUCUCCCAAAAGCAUAGAAGAUGAUGCUAAAAUGACCAUUACCCAACCAAAACGGAGGAAAUACGCUAUUCUGAAUUGUCCAGUCUUCUACAUGCAUUUGAUUCCUUUUUAAUUUACCCACAUUCACAUUUUCCUGUUGGAUCCAACUCGGUAGAGGGAUUAGACUACAGAGAUUGGAACUGAAGUACACGAGUGACUCUGUUUUUAGCAGUGGUUACUGUUGCCUUUGGUAAAGAAGGGAGGACCCAAAUCAAUACAGUAGGCAGCGGCAUGUAAAGACAGGAUAAAAUAGCAUUUAUAUCAUUUUAAGCAUGGAUUUAGCUCAUUUGCAUUGCUUCAGAAUGUUUUUCUUUCUGCACACUUUGGUCUGUGGUGCUACAAUGCUUUUGGGAUUGUUGGCUCACUUGCAAAUUGCUCAGUUACUGGUGAGAAAUUGCUUAAGCCAGAACAUUUUAUAAGACGUUAUAAAACCUUUUUUCCAUUUGUUUUUUUUUUUUUUUUUAAUGCUUUGAAAUGGUUCUGCUGUGCUCCACAAACUGUCAAUCACAGAAAUGCACUCGAGCGCUUCCCAAAUGAUCACGUGGCCCAAGGUUCGUCCAGGAAAUGUUCAGAUAAGAUUUAUGGGGCAAUGUUUGGCCGAGAGUGGCAGAGUCCCCGUCUGAAGUAUCAAAGGAGUGUAAUAUUACAUCCUAGAUAGUUUUAUAGGCUCAGGAGCGUCCAGGGUUGUUUUGUUUUGUUUUUCUUUUUUCUUUUUUUGAGAAGCACAGUUUUAUUUUUAUAUCAAGUAGAGAAAGAUAUGAGAUUUGAGAGGUAAAAGUGGACUAGAACCUUGAGCUGGUCCAUUAUCUAGCUCAUGUAACCUGUGUUUUUUCUUUUGCUACUGUCCAUCCUCAUGAAUUACUUUUAGACACAUUAUGGUUUUUGUUUUUUUGCCCCUCUGUACUGUUGCAAGAACUUGAGAUUCGAAACUCUGUGCUCUUUGUAUUACAUGACUUCAUUAGAUGUUAAGUUGGUUGAAUUUGAAAGGGAUGUCAUAUGCAUAUUGUACCUGCUCAGUUUCUACAUGUGCUAGAACAAAUCUGCACUUUCCAGUGUAUGUGACCUGACGGUGAUUGUGUGAAUGUGCAUGUGUUUCUGUCGCACAAGUAUGAAAUUGUCUCUCUGGUCUGAUCAUAUUUCCUUUGAGUACUGGGGCUGGUUGGGUGUCAGAUAUUCUGCUUUUUUUUAAUUGUUCAUGUUGUGUUAUUAUUUUCUAAUCACAGUCUGUGGAAUCCUGUAUUUUCUAGAAGCUGUUUAAUAAUAAAAUCUCCAAUAUGA